GAUCUUGCACGCACAAGGAGUAUGCAUCAGAAGUGAAAAUCAUCAGUCGACUGAGGCAUAAGAAUUUGGUUCAGCUAAUUGGUUGGUGCCAUGAGAAAAGAGAACUUCUACUUGUUUAUGAAUUCAUGCCCAAUGGUAGCUUAGAUACUCAUCUUUUCGAAGAAAAAAGCUUGUUGGCAUCUGCACUAUUCUAUCUACACGAGGAGUGGGAACAAUGUGUGGUGCAUAGAGAUAUAAAAUCAAGCAAUGUUAUGUUAGAUUCGAAUUUCAAUGCAAAAUUCAGGGAUUUUGGAUUAGCUAGGAUGAUUGAUCUUGAAAAAGGAUCUCAGACGACUGUUCUGGCAGGGACUAUGGGCUACAUGGAUCCUGAAUGUAUCAUUACAGGCCAGUCUAGUAAGAAGUUAGAUGCAUACAAUUUUAGAAUUGUAUCAUUGGAAUUAGCAUGUGGAAGAAAACCCAUAGAUCACAAUGCAACAGAAGGUCAGAUAAAAAUGGUUGAGUGGGUUUGGAACCUUUAUAGAAUGGGUAAGCUCCUUGAAGCAGUUGACUCGAAACUAUCUACAGAUUUUGAUGAGCAAGAAAUAGAACAAUUGAUGAUUGUGGGACUUUGGUGUGCUCACCCAGAUCCCAAUAUCCUGCCUUCAAUCAUGCAAGCGAUUCAUGUCCUGAAUUUUGAAGCUCCAGUGCCAACGUAUUUGUCUCCAUCAGAUUAUACACCCACUUCUUCACAACUAUUAUCCUAUGGCACUACUGUAUCUGAGAGAAGCUGGAACCAAUCUUCGAGUUAUAGUUACAACACUGAUUCCUCAAAGUUCACCACAUCUUUUGCAACUUGUUCGUCAUCUGCAUCACUUUUGCUCACACAAUAG